AUGAGUAAGAGACGCCGUGCAUCUUCUGCGGCUUCCCGCGGUGCUGAUGGCGACGACAGCGAUGACGGUAUUGAGUUGAGCAACCCUGGUCCUCCACCAUCGGCUCGCAAGAGAAAGAAGCUAGAUCCUAGUGAAAUCUGCCAGCAGCUGUAUGACACAAUUAGAUCAUACAAGAAGGAAGAUGGAACAUUGCUUUGUGACUCUUUCAUCAGAGCUCCAAAGAGACGCCAAGAACCGCAGUAUUAUGAAGUGGUUUCACAACCUAUUGAUUUAUUAAGGGUGCAACAAAAACUAAAAACAGACACUUAUGAAGACAUAGAUGAAUUGUCAGCUGAUAUAGAACUGCUGGUGAACAAUGCUAAAGCAUUUUACAAGCCAGACACUGUGGAAUACAGAGAUGCCAUUGAUCUUUGGAAGCUCUACAUGCAGACGAAACAGGCACUUGAGACUGGAGAAGACACCAAAAUGGCAAAAUUGUCUCGUAAUGGAUCAUCAAGCAGAAGAUCGGACGUGGCUGAAGAUUUAUCAGAAACCUCCACCAACAAUGAAGAGGAUAAUGUAUAUGAAGAACUAUUUGGUGCUGUCAUGACAGCAAACAAUGAUGGGCGUCCCCUUUACCGGGCUUUCCAAUUCCUACCCUCAAAGCGCCGCUACCCUGAGUACUUCAGUGUCAUAGAUUCACCCAUAGACCUGAAGACCAUUGCCCAGAAAAUUCAGGGUGGCGAAUACACCAACUUGAAUGAUUUGGAGAAAGAUCUGUUGCUGAUGGUGAGAAACGCCUGCCAUUUUAAUGAGCCAGGCAGCCAGAUUUAUAAAGAUGCAAAAACUUUGAAAAAGAUAAUACAAAUGCGUAAGCAAGACAUCGACCAGCACGGCCGGUCGGGGCCAGCAAAGACAUCGGAACGCAUUCGCAGCAAGCGCACAUCACGCGUGGGUCCCGUACCCUCCAGCAAAGCGCUUGCCAUCAUGGAGCCGCCCGGAUCGGACACGGAGAUUGUUAAGCAUUCGGAAGAUAGUGCUGGUGAUAGUGAUGAAGAGAAGAAUGAGAAUGAAGACUCACCGCAGUGGAAACUACUGGAGACUGUAAAAAAUCAUUUGGGCCCUAAUGGUACUCCAAUGGCAGAUCCUUUUGCUAAGCUUCCAUCUCGCCGCGAAUACCCAGACUAUUACAAGGAGAUUAAAAACCCUGUAUCGUUAAAUCAAAUUAAGAACAAAAUCAGACGUGGCAACUAUGGGACUCUGUCAGAAGUAGCUGGAGAUAUGAACAUCAUGUUUGAAAAUGCGAAGCAAUAUAAUGUACCUACUUCGAGGUUGUAUAAAGAUGCUGUGAAGUUGCAAAGAUUGAUGCAGCAACGCGUGCAGGAACUGUUAGACAUAGUUCAAAGUUCUUCAAGUGACGAUGAAAGCCUUUCGUCGGUCAAGAGCCAAGCUCAGGUGCAAACACCCAGGCCUCGAGGUAGGCGUCCACGAACGAACCCGCUGCCGAGCUCAGCACCAUCACCAAUCAGCACUCCUUCAGUAUCCAAGUCCAAUCUCCCUUUAAAGAAGAAGCUACACUACAUAUCCAAACAGUUGGUGGAGUUCACUUGCUCUGAUGGCCGACAACCGAUGCUACUCUUCAUGGAGAAGCCGAGCAAGAAAUUGUACCCGGAGUACUAUAAUGUGAUCGAUAAGCCCAUUGAUAUGAUUACUAUUGAGGCUAACAUCAAGGCUGACCGAUACAACUCUAUAGAAGAGAUGGUAGCAGACUUCCGUUUGAUGUUCUCCAACUGCAGGCAGUUCAACGAAGAAGGAUCUAUGAUUUACGAGGAUGCGAGCCUUCUAGAAAGAGUCAUGAAUGAGAAACUCAAAGAAGUCAACAUUAGCUUUGAGAGGAAAACUCCGCUGAAGACAUUCAAGUCUGCAAAGUCAAGGCAGUUGUCGCCGUUUGAACAGAAGUUGAGGACGUUGUACGAUGCUAUAAGAGACUAUAGGGACCCUAAAGCUAACCGCCAACUCGCAUUAAUCUUCAUGAAACUACCAAGCAAGACAGAGUAUCCAGAUUACUACGAGUUAAUCAAAAAUCCUAUUGAUAUGGAGAAAAUAGCCCACAAAUUAAAGAAUAAUGUUUAUAGUUCCGUCAACGAGCUCGCUUCAGACUUCAUAUUGAUGUUCGACAACGCCUGCAAGUAUAAUGAACCUGAUUCUCAGAUAUACAAAGAUGCGUUGAUUCUACACCGUGUAUGCUUGCAGACUAAACAGAUGUUGAGGGAAGACGACGAUGCCAUACCAGACGUACCAGCGGCAGUGCAAGAACUGCUUCUCACUCUCUUUACAAGCGUCUAUAAUCAUCAAGAUGAGGAGGGGAGAUGUUACUCGGACAGUAUGGCGGAACUGCCGGAACACGACGAGACGGCUAACGGUGAGAAGGUGCGAGGCAUAUCUCUGGACUUAGUGAAGCGACGUCUGGACAAGGGCUUAUACAAGAGACUUGACCAUUUCCAACAAGACAUGUUCCUGGUAUUUGAAAGAGCACGGCAUUUAUCGAGAACCGACAGCCAAAUUUUCGAAGAUUCUGUGGAACUACAGUCUUAUUACAUCGACCAAAGGGACUAUUUAUGUCGUGGUACUUUACAGUCACCAGCUUUGGCCUUUACAAGAGAAACAAUGGCCACUAGUGUGGAGCUCGUCAAGCAGUGCAAGUUACUCCAGGAGCACGAGGAUGAAGAUGAAACAAGAUCAAGUACAGACGACUCUAUGCCUUCGGGCGGGGCUCCACUACAGCAGACCGGUUACAAUAAAGGCGACUUUGUGUACAUACAACCAGACAAGGGCAAUAAGGAGUGCCCCAUAGUACAGGUGGAGCGUGUCUGGACCAACAAUGAUGGCGUACCGAUGAUGUACUGCAAUGUAUACUUCAGGCCCCAAGAUACUUUCCACGUGCGCACCCGCAAGUUCUUGCAACAAGAAGUUUUCAAGACUGAAUCGCAUCGUGUUGUUCCCCUUGAUCAGAUUGUAGGACACUGUUACGUCAUGAACGUCAAGGAAUACUUCAAGUUUAGACCUGAAGGUUUUGCAGAUAAAGACGUGUACGUAUGUGAGAGUCGCUACAAAACUAAACUGCGCAGUUUCAAGAAGAUUAAAGUGUGGGAAGGAGCUGAGAAGGAGGCUACGCUCGUCCCAAGAAAGGUCCCCUUGGAACCAAACAGAACAGUUUCAGUAUUCCGUGAACGUAUUGAAAAGCACAAAGAUGAACUCGCUGAGUUGGAAGUGUUGGAAAAUGUUCAUGAAAAAGUAAGACCUGAUGUAGUUAUGUACAAUCCAUUGGGAACAGACGAUGAGAACACUUACUAUGAACAGUACAACACUGUGUGCUCGGGGGUGAUCAAAACUGGUGAUUAUGUGUAUGUGGUGACCGACGGUGGUAAGCAGAUGAUAGCACAGGUCGACACUAUAUGGGAGACUGGCGAUAAUAAAUGCUAUUUCCGUGGACCCUUCUUAAUUUUCCCAUCAGAAGUCGCCAACAUAAUUAAUAAGCCUUUCUAUAAACAAGAAGUAUUGUUGACGACAAUGCACGAUACCAGCCCACUGGUGGGCAUCGUGGGCAAGUGUGCCGUGUUGGACUACGAUGAUUAUCUUAAAUGUCGUCCGACAGAGAUAGCGGAGAACGACAUAUACGUAUGCGAGUCGGUGUACGAUGAGUCUAACCGUGUAGCACGUAAGCUCAAGGCAGGACUGCGCAAGUUUGAACACACCAAGGAAGUCACCGUUGAUGAGGUCUACUUCUUCCCGAAGCCCUUGGGUCCGCCUGCUCUGGCCACAGCACAGGACGUACAGUCCACGUCUAGUGCGUUCACGCAAAAGCCUUUCAAUCCUAAUGUCAAUAUUGACUCUAUGGACAGCAAACCGCAGUUCACAAACUUGAUCAACACUACAAUUGGAAGUCAAGACGUUGAGAUGAUAUUAGAGAACUCCCUCGACGACUCCUCACUCGCUUCACCUGCCACGCCACUGUCGAUAGGUGGCAACAGCAACCCUUACAAUCCUUCUAUGACAGCCACUCCUACCCAAGAGCGGACCACCACAGCUCCAACAACUAGCAGUAAGAAGAAGAAGGAUUCCUCCAAACAGAAGAUUGUUACCGGCUACAUUCUGUACUCGAGCGAAGUGAGACGAGCUAUUGUGGCUAAUAACCCAGAGUCUACCUUUGGCGAGAUAUCGAGAAUAGUGGGCAACGAAUGGCGGUCGCUCCCGGCCUCGACUAAGCAGAGCUGGGAGGAAAGAGCCGCGAGGUGCAAUGAAGAGACUGCGGCUAAAUUGGCGGAGGAGAUGCGGGAGUUGGCACAACACACGCCAAUGGAGAUGACGUACGAGUGUGCGUGGGACACGUGCGACUACCAGUUUGAAGAAAUGUCAGACUGCAUGGAGCACUGCAUCGGCGACGGGGGCAACACGGGCCACGUGCAGCAGCACUACCGCGGCUCGUUCUCUGAGUACCCGUGCGUGUGGCGCAACUGCGCGCGCGUGCGCAAGGGGCAGGCGCCCUUCCCCAACCUGCCGCGCCUGCUGCGACACGUGCGCGACCUGCACGUCAACAAGGGCAACGGCAGGCUCAUGGCCGUGCACGAGAGAUCCAGAAACUAUGUGCCUUCGUCUAAAAAGCCGCCGAAGCAAUCCACGAAUUUACGCAGUGGUGUGAUGUCCCCCGGAGCGUCCCUGUCGGGCAUGUCCCCGCUGGCGCGUAACACACCGUCGCCGGGCGCGGGCGAGAGCGGCGCGGCGCCGGCGCCCGCACCCGCCGUGGUGGCGCGCGCCGCGCUCGACCCGCUCUUCGUGGCCGCGCCGCCGCGCGCGCAGAGGCUCACGCACUCCGAGGCCUACAUACGAGGCUCACGCACUCCGAGGCCUACAUACGGUACGUACUGGCAUCUAACGUACACCCGCGUGGUGGCGCGCGCCGCGCUCGACCCGCUCUUCGUGGCCGCGCCGCCGCGCGCGCAGAGGCUCACGCACUCCGAGGCCUACAUACGAGGCUCACGCACUCCGAGGCCUACAUACGGUACGUACUGGCAUCUAACGUACACCCGCGUGGUGGCGCGCGCCGCGCUCGACCCGCUCUUCGUGGCCGCGCCGCCGCGCGCGCAGAGGCUCACGCACUCCGAGGCCUACAUACGAGGCUCACGCACUCCGAGGCCUACAUACGGUACGUACUGGCAUCUAACGUACACCCGCGUGGUGGCGCGCGCCGCGCUCGACCCGCUCUUCGUGGCCGCGCCGCCGCGCGCGCAGAGGCUCACGCACUCCGAGGCCUACAUACGAGGCUCACGCACUCCGAGGCCUACAUACGGUACGUACUGGCAUCUAACGUACACCCGCGUGGUGGCGCGCGCCGCGCUCGACCCGCUCUUCGUGGCCGCGCCGCCGCGCGCGCAGAGGCUCACGCACUCCGAGGCCUACAUACGAGGCUCACGCACUCCGAGGCCUACAUACGGUACGUACUGGCAUCUAACGUACACCCGCGUGGUGGCGCGCGCCGCGCUCGACCCGCUCUUCGUGGCCGCGCCGCCGCGCGCGCAGAGGCUCACGCACUCCGAGGCCUACAUACGAGGCUCACGCACUCCGAGGCCUACAUACGGUACGUACUGGCAUCUAACGUACACCCGCGUGGUGGCGCGCGCCGCGCUCGACCCGCUCUUCGUGGCCGCGCCGCCGCGCGCGCAGAGGCUCACGCACUCCGAGGCCUACAUACGAGGCUCACGCACUCCGAGGCCUACAUACGGUACGUACUGGCAUCUAACGUACACCCGCGUGGUGGCGCGCGCCGCGCUCGACCCGCUCUUCGUGGCCGCGCCGCCGCGCGCGCAGAGGCUCACGCACUCCGAGGCCUACAUACGAGGCUCACGCACUCCGAGGCCUACAUACGGUACGUACUGGCAUCUAACGUACACCCGCGUGGUGGCGCGCGCCGCGCUCGACCCGCUCUUCGUGGCCGCGCCGCCGCGCGCGCAGAGGCUCACGCACUCCGAGGCCUACAUACGAGGCUCACGCACUCCGAGGCCUACAUACGGUACGUACUGGCAUCUAACGUACACCCGCGUGGUGGCGCGCGCCGCGCUCGACCCGCUCUUCGUGGCCGCGCCGCCGCGCGCGCAGAGGCUCACGCACUCCGAGGCCUACAUACGAGGCUCACGCACUCCGAGGCCUACAUACGGUACGUACUGGCAUCUAACGUACACCCGCGUGGUGGCGCGCGCCGCGCUCGACCCGCUCUUCGUGGCCGCGCCGCCGCGCGCGCAGAGGCUCACGCACUCCGAGGCCUACAUACGAUACAUCGAAGGUCUACACUCUGAACAGAAAUACAUAACCCCAUGGGAAAAAUCUCUCACACCAAUGCCGAUCAAUCCAGACCCGGCUAAUUACAAUAUGCACAAGGUACCAGCCCACUGGAUAACAGAGGAAGCGAUCAACGGGUACUUAGCCCAGGACAAGAGUUUGUCAGAAACUGACAUCCAGAAAAUGGACCAGAAUUCGAAGAUCCUGAAAGGCUUAUGCUCUUUGAGAGACUUCAUGAUGAAGGAUGCUCUGUGUCUGACUAAGGCGUAUAAUAUCAAUUUUUAA